GAAAAUAAGAAGAAGAAGAACACAUGACGCGGGACACGUCAUUAUGUCGAAAUCUCAGUGCGCCUGCGCUUUCAAGUUCAUUCGAGGAAGUGGGCAGGACGGGCAGAUUCUGAAGCGACAGAGAAGAGUGUGUUGUUGACUUUUUCCCAGAGGAUAAACGCCUCGUCGUUCUUCCAAAAUGUCGGAGUUUGACACCAACCCCUUCGCGGAACCCAGCAACAUUAACCCAUUCAAUGAUCCUUCAGUCACUCAGGUGACAAACUCCAGCAUUGAACCGGUCGACCAGUAUAACCCCUUCCCCCCGUCCAAUGACUUUGCCGGCGCUCAGACCUCCCCCUACCAGCCGGCCGUGUUGCAGCCGUCCACAGAACCCAGUCCACAGGCGUCCGCCGCCGCAGCUCAGGCCAACCUGCUGAGGCAGCAGGAGGAGCUGGAGAGGAAAGCAGCCGAACUGGACCGCAGGGAGCAGGAGCUGCAGAACCGGGCCCCCACAGGUAAAGAGAACAACUGGCCUCCACUUCCCAAGUUCUUCCCCAUCAAACCUUGUUUCUAUCAGGACUUCUCAGAGGAAAUCCCCGCUGAGUACCAGAGAGUCUGCAAAAUGAUGUACUACCUCUGGAUGUUCAACUGCGUGACUCUGUUCCUCAACCUGCUGGCGUGUCUGGCUUACUUCAUCGAUGACACGAAACAUGGCGUCGACUUCGGCCUCUCCAUUCUCUGGCUCGUUCUCUUCACGCCCUGCUCCUUCAUCUGCUGGUACCGGCCGGUCUACAAGGCCUUCAGGAACGACAGCUCCUUCAACUUCUUCUUCUUCUUCUUUGUGUUUUUCUGCCAUGUGGCCAUCGUCAUCAUCCAGGCUGUGGGCAUCCCCUACUGGGGAAACAGCGGUUGGAUUUCUGCCUUCACUGAGAUCGGCAACGGGAAAAAGGCGGUGGGAGGCAUCAUGAUCAUCGUGGCCUGCCUCUUCACGAUCGGGGCCGUGAUGUCCGUCGUCCUGCUGAAGAUGGUCCACAGCCUGUACCGCCGCACCGGGGCCAGUUUCCAGAAGGCCCAGCAGGAGUUCUCCCAGGGCGUGGUCACCAGCAAGGGCUUCCAGACGGCAGCCUCCGGAGCGGCGUCCGCUGCCGCCCGCGGAACCUUCCAGGGAAACAACUAAAAGGCCGAUUGAGCCUCAAAUCAACGCUCACCGUAGCUUCUGGUUUCUGAAGCCGAGUGACGAAGUCCAGCUGUGUAUGUGGGUGUGUGUGUGUGUGUGUGAGGGCGAGAAGAGCAGCUGAGGGGAAAGUCACUCAUCAAAUGAAAACUAGGGAGGAAGACACACAGGAAGAUUAACGAAGUCCAUUUCAGCAUGCAUCUGCUUUGUAUAUGUUGUUUCAACGCCUUUUCUGACAAUGCUCUUAUGUGUGUGUGCGUGUGUGAGAGAGGCCGGUUCCGUGUGGGAGCAGGGUGAAUAUAACUGAGAUUAAGUGUUUUGUUUUGUCAUUGAUCUGACUUGUGUUUUGUCUCAGAAUCUGCAGAAUUAUGGAAAAUAAGUGUUUUGUUGUAUUUGCUUCAACGUGGACAUUACUGUAAAUGUUGCUUUUGAAUCAGUCAGCAAACUCUGUGGGGGUUUUACAUGAAGGUAACUUGGCAACAGAAAGCAGAAUUGCUAGAGCUCUGACGUAAUUUCAGACUCUAAUGCAAUUUUUUUUUUUUACUUUUGAUUGAUUUCUCUGAUUAUGUUUAUUAAUUUUUAAGACUUCAUUUCACCAUUUUUGAAGCAACUUUGGCUGGAUUAUGGAAAAAUAUGAGAUAUUCCCAGUUGCACUGACAGCAGCUCAUACGGUCCAUUCUGAUUCAGUCAUUUAGAAGCAGACAGUCUGAUCCAGGCUGUGUUCCUUUGUUUUAUGACAUUAACUCUGCUGUGAGUGGAUUUUUCUAUUUUUAAAUGAGAAAAUACAUAUUUUCUUAGCAAUCAAAGCUUUCCAAUAAUUCGUAGCAAUCACGGUUCCUUGACUUCAUUGUAGAUCAUUCUUGUGCGUCUGUUUUGCUUGUUAGAACUUGCAGACAUGUAAAUUAUGGCCUCUCCGCUGUACAUUUCUCACAUUUCCUAUAUUAAGAAGCAUGUGUGUGUGUGUGUUAUUUAAUGUAAUGUUUAAAAACCUCAAUUGAGAUGUAACUUUUGUAAGUAUUUUUUUUUCUAAAUAUUUGCAGAUUUCUAAUUGUUUUUUCUUCCACUAAAUAAGUGGCUGAUACAAGAUUUGAUUUUUUUUGUCAUUUUGUUCGGCAUGGAUGAAUCGGUCCCUUUUGUAUUUCAAUAGUAAAUAUUGUCUCUAAUAAAAAUGCUUUGCUCUCAUUUAAAA